ACAAUUGCACCUAUGUUUCUAUCUUCCGGAGUAUUUGAAACUUUUGGGACCUUUUUUUGAGGAGGAACCUGGCUCACGUGACGUCACUUUGCGUCUCAUCCGCCGCGGUGACGCGCAGAGUGUGUCAUCGAUGCACAAAAGUCAAAAUAGCGGCCAAGCCCCUCCUCCUUCCCGGAGGCGUGGACGCGGAGGCGCGCGCUCCCGGGUCCGCCGCUGUUGCGCCUCCCGUGGCUGUGUGGCCGCUGCCCGCCGUCUGCUGCAAGCGCAGAAGGAGCCGCAACAGCAGCAGCAGCAGCAACAGGAACAGCAGCAGCAACAGGAACAGCAGCAGCAGCAGCAGCAGCGCGGUUCCAACAAAGGUUCCACCAGCUGCGACAAACAACACACGCAGCAGGUGGCGCCGUUGUGCUUUAGAGACGAUGGCGCCCUCCUUCUUCCUGACGUUGGCGCUUCUUUUGGCGCUGACGUCUUUGUCCCUCGCCUCCGAUCCUUCCGGCGUCCCUCGCGGCAAGAGGAGGCGCCACUCCGGAGGACGGUCGCAGCACCUCCUACGGGCCGCGGCGGGCUACGGCGACGUGAAGGUGACGCGUAGCAGCCGGGGCGGCGGGCCCGUCUCUCGUGGGCCGGCACGCCCUCUGGCCCGCCCCGAGGACGACGGCGCAGGCUCGGAGGGUCUGCGUCCGGUACGGGUGGAGACGGGCCGGGGCAGAGCCGGCCUGAGAGAGAACCAGCUGACGGGCACGCGCAAGGGAAGAGGUCACGCCGACCAAUCGCAGCUCAGGAGACACGGGGGGAGGCGGGACAAAGGACGACAUGGGCAAGGUUUUCUUCCGGAGCCGCGGUCGGGCGUCCUACUGGACGAGCCCCCUCCUUCAUCUUCGUCUUCUUCGGUCCCUGCGGGAGACGGGCCCUCCCCCGACUCCGCCACCUCGGGCUCUGGCUCCUCCUCGGUCGCCGCGGUGACCGACGAGCAUCCCCCGACGUUGCCCCCGGCCUCCGCCAAACCGCCGAGGUCCGCACGAGGGAAGGGGCAAGGCGAGGUGAUGCCCACCCUGGACAUGGCGCUCUUCGACUGGACCGACUACGAGGACAUGAAGCCUGUGGAUGCGUGGCCGUCCUCCAGGAAGAAAGACAAAAGGCGAAGUAAAAAUCUCAGCAGCGGGAACGGGACAGCGGACGGUGACGACGUCGAACCAUGUGACCACCAUCUGGACUGUCUGCCCGGUUCCUGUUGCGACCUGAGGCAACACGAGUGCAAAGCUCACAACAGAGGCCUGAACAACAAGUGCUACGACGACUGCAUGUGCGAGGAAGGCUUCCGUUGCUAUGCUAAAUUCCACCGCAAGCGGCGCGUAACGAAGAGGCGGGGCCGCUGUGUGGUGCCCGAGUCGGUCAGUAGUGACCACGGAGGCUUCAUCACCGUCUGAGGAGGAAGAUGAGGAUAAGAGUCUGUGGGAAGACGGCGACCGUGACCACACGGGCGACGUCCCGUGCUUGGAGUGGAUGUCAACGAGCGGACGUUUUGAAGCACAAGGGAAUGCUACCCCCAACCUUACCCCAACACUACCCUAACUCUAACCCUAACUUUACCCCAGGCCCAGCCCAACCUAAGCCCAAAACUAACUUUGCCUUUAACCCAGCACUACCCUAACCUAAGCCCAAAUCUACCCUAACCUUUACCCCAGCACUACCCCAACCUAAACCCAACACUACGAUAACUCUAACCCCGACCUUUACCCCAGGCCCAGCCCAACCUAAGCCCAACACUAACCUUGCCUUUACCCCAGCACUACCCUAACCUAAGCCCAACACUACCCUAACCUUUACCCCAGCACUACCCCAACCUAAGCCCAACACUUCCCUAACUCUAACUCUACCUUUACCCCAACCGUACCCUAACCCCUUUAAGUGAGAUCUGUUUGCUUAUUUAUAAUGUUGGAACAUCGCAGUGCUGAUAAACGUAUAUAUGUCGCUGUUAGGCUGGAACCUUACAUGUCCAAAUAUGGUCAAUUUCAUAUUAUCAUCACUAAUCGAUACCAUAGGUCUAUUCCCACAUCAUCUGUUAUUAUUACGCAUUAUGAACCAAUUUAAAGUUGUGUAAAUAGUUUGCGAACAAACUCCUUAGCUCUAUUGAACGCUUAAACUGCAAUUAGCCAUGAAACCCGAUUUCGGUGUUGUGUUGUGUCGAUGUUGAUGACGGCAAUAUAACGUGCAAGACCGACUUGAAUGACCGACUUGUAAUAACUUGUGAAUAUGAAGGUGUCGUUUUCUUUUCAACUUUCAGUAGUGUUUUCAAGUUUAUUGUUCCACUCUUCUUAAUUUAUUCAUUUUUUUUUAUUUCCCUGUCUUGUGCUUGCGUUUAAGAUUAAACUAUUUGUUGUGCAACAAAUGA